GUCUGUCGAGGCGCACGAGAGUCAACUGGCUGGGCACUUGGAUUUUGUGAUUGAAAUUAUCUUCUUCAGGAAUAGGUUUGUUUAUAUCUAGUUUUCCUUGCAUUUAUUCCCUGGCGCUGGGAUCCUUCUUCCUGGUCAAAAAAAUUUUGCGCGUGACAGCGCAGUCCGGGGAAGUAUUUUUUCCACGCCCAAGCUUUAUCGGCCGCCGCGUGUCCAGUAAUCGUCAACGCUCCCAGCCUGGCGUCAAUCGGAGGAUCGUCGAGCGGAAUCGGAGGCGGGGGUGCGCAAGGGGACACUCUGGAGCCCAGUGCACGGAAUACUAAUAAUGCUUCUGCUGCUGCCGGCCCCGUAAUGGGAGGUACCGGCCGUUCGUCUGCUUCUCCCGCUGUCGGUCCCGAUGGUUUGGGACAGGUCAAAAAACGCACCGUCGCCAUGGCGGGGCUGGAAAGCUCCCCUGGCAGUGUCGAUGAUGUCGAGGACAAUGAUCAGCGGGAGGAGAAGAAGAGGCAGCCUGUGAAGCGAGCGUGCAACGAAUGUCGACAACAAAAGCUUCGAUGCGAUGUGAUUCAAGACCCAUGGACAGACUGUUCGCGAUGCCGUCGCUUGAAGCUCGAGUGCAAGAUCGAGUCCAACUUCAAACGCGUUGGAAAGAGGAGUCGGAAUGCCGAGAUGGAACGGGAGAUUAUCGAGUUACGAAAGCAGAUUGCCACCGUGCAAGCCAACCCUGCUGGCAUGACCCCUCAGCAACAUGCGCCUUCUCUUCACUCCGCACAUGUCACUCCGAAACAAGAGUCAAGUCAUGUCAGCCCUGCGGGUGUAUAUCACACACCUUCCGCCAUAUCAUCCGAUCAAUACAUGGGCUCUCACGAGGCUGUUGCAUCUCUACUUGACUUGCGCUCCGGCUUUGAUGGCUCGAACUACAUGAGGAAUGGGAAUCUGUUCAAGCGGAUUGAAGAUGUGGUGGUUGCGCCGGAGAAAAUGACCGAGCUAUUUGACCUGUUUUUCAUGUUCUAUCAUCCCUUUCUUCCGUUCCUUGACCGACAACGUUCGCCAGACGAUUACUACAGCGUAUCACCAUUACUGUUCUGGACUAUCAUCAGCGUUGGCGCUCGGCGGUACCAAACAGACACCCAUCUGCUCAACUCGCUGGCUGGUCCAGUCACACGACUGGUAUGGAGUACGUUGGCGGAUAUACCCCAGAGCUACCACGUAGUGAAGGCGCUUUGUCUGCUCUGUUCAUGGCCGUUCCCUACCAGCAGUACCUCGACGGAUCCUACCUUUAUGUUAUGCGGUAUGAUGAUACAAGUCGCCAUGCAACUUGGCUUGCACCGACCGUCUCAUACCCAGGACUUUAGCAAGUUCCGGGUAGAACUCAUCGAGGAGGAGCUCAGGGACAAGGUGAGGACGUGGGCCAUCUGUAAUGUUGUCGCACAGCGUGUUGCAACGGGAUAUGGCCAGCCACCAUCUACUCUGUACGACUGGACACUAUCAGCGAGCGGGUCGGUGGAUCCGAAUUUCAAGUUGCCCGAGGAUAUUAGACGCAGACUCGAUAUUGAAAUCUUCUGCGACAAGGUCACGAAGACGCUCUACACCAACCGGCGCGACCCCGUUGGCCUAUGCAGUGACCAAGAGAGAUCUACGCUGAUAACUUUUCUGUCGCGGGAUUUUGAUGAACUCGAGGACCAAGUAAAGUCAAGGACUGACGCGAUAACCGACCUCUUUCUGCGUGCUGCCAAUCUCCAUCUUCACCUAUCAGCAUUCUUUGACGAUCCUAGAGCCAAAGACUAUCGAGAACGUCUUCUGUCUCUCUACGUCGCAACCACGUCGUUCCUCGAGGCAGCUAUGACUCUGGAGACGGAUGUUGGCCCCGUUCUAUCCUAUACGCCUUACUACGUGUACCAGAUGAUGGUUGCUGGAGCCUGCACGCUUCUCAAGCUCUGCAAGAGUUUCUUUGCGGCGCAUAUAGAUAUGGACUACACCAAGAGUCUUUUCAACCGAACCAUCUGGGCGAUUCGGGGUGUAUCGGUGUCCAGCAACGACCUCCCCGAACGGUUGGCGGAAGUCUUGGCCCAAAUGUGGCGAAUGGGCGGUACCCAGCAACAGAAACCAUCCGCUACUAGUGCCGAGGUGGAUGAUACCUUGAUGCUCAAGGUCCGCUGCCGCAUGAGCAUGUCGCUUUUGUUUGAUUCUGUCUGGCGAUGGCGAGAAGACGCACAGACCAAAGGCCGUAAUAUCGAAGCUUACCUUAAGAACCCGACAAAUCCGGACUCGAACGCGGAAUCUUCAGCGUCGUCAACCGCGGGGCCCGCGGGGCGCACCUCGUCCUCCACACCCGGCCUCCCGGCUGACCCAAGUCUCGCGCCUGCUCCCAUGCUCGCACAAGGCAGUCUGGGAGCUCCGCCCGCCAGCGGAGUGACCAAUCUCCCCAGCGGAUUCCUCGAGCCCAACUACGAGGUCUUUGAUCCUUUGAACUGGGUCCUGGACGGCCUCGUCGAUCUCCCAUACUCCUACUCCGCAAUGUCAGGGAUGGAGCCGCAAACUAUCGUCUGAAGUACCCUGACCGCGCCGUAUUCAUCAGUUAUCUCAAGCGAACAUGUCGAGUUGUAUCAUACAUAUACCACGUUGACGCAGUCUCAUUUUUGGUCCGGAGCAAAGGAGUUGGGUUCUUCUAUGGCUUUCAUGUCUUUUAUGUCUAGCUAUGCUACGCCAUGCCAUAACUUUUCAUGUUUUUGAUUCACUGCGAUUAAUGACUGCCACGGAUAUGAGCGGGUUGCUUGCUCAUCAGUAUCGUAUCCCUAACUAUCCACCAAUGAUGAGAUAAUAGACACCUGACUGAUUAUGUCAUCU